UAAGAAUUGACUAAAGUCAUCUCUGAAAAGAGCAAAGUCGAAGAGUUACUCAUAUUGAAGCAAAAGUGUGUUUAAAAAGUUCCACUUGUUGAUUCUUCGGCCGAUGGCAAAUAUUACCUGUAAAUUUUCAUACAGAGAUAAAGUUUUAGCAAUACUAAAGAAAAUAAAAACACAUAUAUAUAUAUAAAUGAUAAGAAAUAAGCCUUGUUUGCUGAUAAAUAUGUGUGCUUAACUAACCAAGCGUAUUAAAAACAUUUUUCAUUUUAACUUCCUAACACUUACAACAACAACAACAACACAACAAAAUAUUCAACAAAAAUAAUGGAAUUACCAUCGUUUGCUUUCGGUUGCUCACCAGAUGAUCAACAAGUGAAACACUACAUCAUAAAGCACAUUGAAGUAUUUAUUUAUACAUUCCAUUCAGAGAAACAAACCAACAUUUCAGUGUUGUGGAUUAUGUUGCAACUCGACUGUCUGUCAUUCAUGUUGAGUUACAUUGCAUUCCAGUUGGAAUCCGAUUCUCUUGUAAGAAACAAGACAAAACAAUCGAAUGUUUCUCUUUGCUUUCCUUAA